AUAUAUGUUUGUGUGCUAGCUAAAUUCUAGAUAGGGAGAAAUAAUGGCAAUCCUAUACUGGGUACUAGUUUGGGCCAUGGUUGCAGUGGCCGGAAAAGGCCAGAAGACCAUUCCGGUCUCAUUCGUGUUCGGAGAUUCACUCGUCGACGCAGGAAAUAACAACUACUUAAAUACGCUAUCCAGAGCAGAUAUACCUCCGAAUGGUAUUGAUUUCAAAGCCUCCAAUGGUCAGCCCACUGGAAGAUACACCAAUGGCCGGACCAUUGCCGAUAUCAUCUUGGAAGAAUUGGGGCAGAAAAUAUAUCCACAGCCAUUCUUAGCACCAGACACAACAGGAUCAUCUAUAUUGCAUGGAGUGAACUAUGCCUCUGGUGGUGGAGGGAUAAUGAAUCAAACAGGAAGAAUAUUUAUUAACAGACUAGGAUUGGAAGUGCAAGUAGAUUUCUUCAACAUAACAAGGCAGCAACUAGAUGAAGUUCUAGGACAAGAACAAGCAAAAGAGUUCUUAAGCAAAGCAAUCUUCUCUAUCAGCAUAGGAUCCAAUGACUUUCUUAACAACUACCUUCUUCCCGUUUUCUCUGUGGGAGAAAGAAUAUUGGAGACACCAGAUGAAUUUGUUGACAAUCUUAUAGAAGGAUUGCGAGACCAACUUGUGAGGUUAUACAAGCUCGAUGCAAGGAAGUUUGUGGUAGGGAAUGUGGGGCCAUUAGGUUGCAUUCCUUAUCAGAAAACAAUAAACCAAGCUGAUGAGGAUGAAUGUGUUAGUCUACCUAAUCAACUAGCAAUGCAAUAUAAUGAGAAGUUCAAAGAUCUGAUGAAUGAACUAAAUCAAAGGCUUCCAGGAGCUAAAUUUGUCAUAGCAAAUGUUUAUGAUGUCGUCAUGGAACUCAUCACAAAUUAUCAACAUUACGGAUUUGAGUCAGCAAGUGUAUCAUGUUGUAGAAAUGGGCCAUUCUCAGGCAUAGUUCCAUGUGGACCAACAUCUUCAAUGUGUGCAGACAGAUCAAAGUAUUUGUUUUGGGACCCUUACCAUCCAAGCGAAGCUGCCAAUCUGAUCGUUGCAAAAUUCCUCGUCGAUGGAGAUAACAAAUAUAUUUCCCCCAUUAACAUCCGCCAACUUGUGCACCUUUAGCAUCCAUGCCUGCCUUCCU